UAAACGGAAUUUGUAUACGAUUCUAAUUAGAUUCCGUUUCAGAAUUCGGAUUGAUUUGACUGGGAUGCUGUUAAUCGUUGAAACAACCCACUGAGAAUUUUGGCUCGAGAUCGAGCCUGAAUCGAGUCGAUGCUCGAUCCAAAAUUCUCAUUGGGAACGUCAUCGCUGUCGUUGAUCGUUGAUAUAGGUUGAUAUAAUCGUAAUCGUAAACGGAGCCAUCGUUGACUUAAUCGUCAACGCCAACGGAGGCGUUGAUCAUCGCGUUGAUUAUCGCGAUGAUUAUCGAUGAAAAAAUGGGAAGGAACACAUUUCCUUCCCAUUUUUUCAUGAAUGUAUUGAUUGGGAAACAUUCUCAAAUAGAUGUGACAUGGUUGUUUGGAGAUCCGUGUGUACCAAGAGGACCGAAGCGACCGGAUUUUAAACGUAAUUUAAGCCCUAGCUAAUUGCUGGUCACUUUCAGCUCCACUUUGGUUCUGAAGGGGAUACACUGAAUGUUUACAUUUGGUUGGAAAACCUAAUAAUAAUAAAAAAGUAUAGAAAUGUAAUGGGCAAUAAAAUAGAGCUGUUUUUUUACAGGUGGCCUGGUAGGGAAUUUCGAUGUACACACUUGGAGAUGAUUAAGGGCAUCUAUGAUCAUGAGAUGGAGCGCAACCUGCAGUUCGACGAAGAACUAGUUGUGCCAAUCAUCGAAAAUACAAAUAACGAAAGUGAUCUUGAGGAUAGAAUGGCAAACGCAAUGAAGGAGUACCCUGGUACAUCCGCGAUUCUCGUCAGAAGACACGGUGUUUAUGUUUGGGGAAGCAGCUGGCAGAAAGCGAAGGCUAUGACGGAAUGCUACGACUAUCUAUUUUCCUUAGCCGUCGAGAUGAAGAAACUUGGCCUCGACCCAAAUGAUGUCCCCAAAUAUUACAGAAACAAUCAUUAAGGACCAACUCUAAUAGACCGAUAACGAAACAGUCAACGAAACUAUUUGGAACUGAAAUUAAAACAUACUUGAACUUUAUGGAAUUGGUUCUGAAACACCCUUUGCAUGUAUUCAUUUUGUUUCCAGAAGAUUUUAUAAAAACCCAAAUAUAUUCCGAUGAAAUCAUUUAAAA